AUGCUGCGAGAGCCCGGUGAAUCGUGUCGCGAUUCAUCUCCUGAUACCACUGCUCCUCUUUCUCCUGUUCCACGUCGGAGUGCCAUCCCCAUUCGUGUCCGCCGAGACACUACCACGGCGGAGGAAUCUUUCUCUACCGAUUCUCCAAGUGUGCAGACUCGAGGUAUCAGGCUCCUCAGUGGCUCUUCCAGUUACUCCAGCUUCUCGAGCCAGCCGCAUAGAGGCGGCGAUAAUCACGAUAAACUGACAACCAUCUCCGAGAAAAGCCUGGAUGUCCUUGCUGGCUCCACUGGCUCCAUCUCACACGAUAGCGAUUCAGAUCCUGCUUCCAUCCGCAGAGGUCCAACAGUGCGCAUCUCCAGCUCGGCUGAUCGUUACAUCUUGGGCCAUGAAACUGGUCGCCCUCACACUCGGCCUGAGGCUUAUCAAUCGGGCAACGUCUAUUAUCCCCGUGUCAUCCAGGCAGACAGCCCGUCCAAUGAGACCGAAGACGGUGGUGGUCUCAGCAUCGGCCAAGAGUCUGGGUACGAUGCCGAUGACGAGCCGCACUUGUCCACUCCAGACAGCCUUCAUAACAUCCCUCGAACCUCCAAUGAUGACGAAACUUAUCCCCAGCAUGGCAUCUCUCCUGGUCAUUCGUACUCUGGCGUCAGAAUUGGAAUAGGACAAGCAGCUCGGCAUAAUCCGCAGCACGUCAUGGAGCGUCGGCUUGUUCUGGGACCCGUUAUUGCUGGACCGCCACGUAGGCCAUUUUUGGGAUUUUCUUCGCAUCCUCCAGACGCUCAGGGUCCGCCAUCCAGUGACCUAUCUCCAAAGCUCCCUUCUUCUCCGCGUCGGCCUUGGGUAGGGAAUCCCUCUCGCCUCUCAGGCAUGGAGCCUCGCAAUCACGGUGGCCAGUCUUCUGCGAGCGAUGAUCCAUUCAGUGCGCCGCCUAUUGACCUGCCAAUUCGAUGGAGCUUUGCCGAGACCCAGGGCUCUGUUUAUUCUUGGCAUAAAGACCCUCACAGCCAGUCUCCAGAGAGUCCUAUUGUCUUACGUCGACCUCUUGCAGGAUUCUCAUCAUAUGCUUCGGAUACCGAGAAUCAGAGCCGUGGAGGCCAGACCUCUGAAAGUGAAGACCUCUUCCUUGGGCCGCCGACUUAUCGACUGUCUGCUGUGACAUCUUCUCGAAGCUCUCCACAAGUUGAGACUCUCAGUCACGACGACAAGUCUUUUGGGCCUAAAGAGUUAUCUUAUGGACUGCCUCUUCGGCGAAAGCAGGUUCCUCGAGCUUCUCCAAGUCCUCCGAGCAAGUUCCCACGCAGUGGUGGCUCACCUCCGUUGGCUCGUGGUUCACCCAGCUCCCAACAACUGCCGCAGACGUCAUCAGGUGCCACGCUUAACAACUGCCCUGUCGUUGACCAAGGUAGCAGCCCGACUGGACCUGAGGAUCUUGCUUCGACUGCAGCUUCUGCAAGUCAAGUGGGAACCACUCAGCACCGUUCUCGCACCACAUCGCGCAACCCCCUCCUCGAUUUUGUCGAUACCGAGUCAGGAGGGCGGCCCAUUGCUCUUGGGACCAGUGCAAUCAUCCCAACACUGCGUAGCAAUCUCACAUUUAACGACAUCGUCACGCGUCACCCCGAGAUCGAUGGAACAGUCAUCCAGACCAAUGUCGCCCGAGUCACCGAGCGCCGUAGCGCGGGUCUAGUCGGUAACCUGCGCCACGUUUUCUCGCGCAACAGGGCCGAACGGCGAGACCCGACAUUCGAGAUUGUCAACACUCGCACGACCUCGCGGAGCAGAAGAAGCAGCAGCCGGAAGGAACCCAGGAAUAAGCUCGCACGGACCAUCCGCGCCUCUGCCUCGACGGCGGCACUGCCUCGCCUAGGCGUGGGCCUCCAACGUCGUGCGCCUUCACUGCCUCAUCUAUCAACCACUGCCCCAGCCCUCUCGACUAGCCUCCCCGGUGAGCGGGAUUCACAACCCCGCAUUCGCGCCGUCAGGUCCGGUUCGUUCAUCCCACGAACCGGCCACCCUCACUACAAGGGACCGGCGGCGCGCAUCAGGGCAACACGCGUGGUGAGUGAGGGCGGCGAUGUGGAGCCACGCCGAGUACAAGCGUGCCUCCAGGCCCUCGAGGAGAUGCUGGUCCAGGAGAUGGACCUGGACGAACGGAGAAGUUUGCUGUCGGUAUGUUAUAUUCCCUCCCAUCUCUCCAUUCUCGGAUCUACGUACACACAACGAAAGAAAGAAUUAAAAAGCUAA